ACCGAUUUCAUCAGAGGAUUGCCAGAUUCUCGCUUGCGGAAAAAGAUCCGCAAGAAAUACAACCCUAUAGAACAUACCCUGAUGGAGCUCAUUCCGUACGCUAUUAAGUACGGGAAAGAAAAUGACGAUGUGGGCCUGGACUCAGAAUCCGAUGAAGAUGAUCCUUCGAGUGUUCGACGCCAUAGCUACUCCGCUACGGCACGGAUGUUCGAGGAUCGCUUCAGGUUAGGGCCGGCGAAAAAAGGCUCGGAUCGGCAAAUUUCUUCCGCCGCUUCGACCUCCCGUCGCUCUAAUCAAGCUCAAGGAGGCCGGGACGAGGAAGAAAUAUCCAUGAAAGAAGUCGCGGCCCAACUAGUUACGGUAGUGGCCCCGUUGACAGAGUUCGUUCAAGGAUUGCAGUGGCAACGUAUAGCCGCUGCACAACGGCAGCAAGCGGCUAUGGCCGCUGGGUCCCCUGUGAUAAGACCAGCCGUGGCCGGAGCUGACCCGCCCCUACGCUGUUAUGACUGUAAUCAGCCCAGCCACCUUGCGAAGGACUGUCCGAAGCCCAGACCCGCGGUCGGACCUUCCCGAAUCCCGUUAGCCGCUCGUGCUGCUGCAGGAGAAGGGAGGGUAGCUACGGUAACGGACACUGCAACGACGGAAAUGGUAACCCCUGCGGCCCCCGAGAUAGGACCCGAUGAGUAUAUGGCGGCGGCGAUGUUCAAACCCGGGACCAUUGGAGUGAUACGUAAUCGCGAGCGAGGAAGAAGAUAUCCAGCCACGAUUGCGGACGCAAUCGCCCCGCGGAGGACGUACAACGCGGUCGUUGUCCCGGAUUACAUUGCGCAACACGAGGAGAGGGUGGUGGAUUUCCGCGACGAGAAGCCAUUGCGACCUCCCUCGUCGUAUCCAAGACCCGCGCCGCCUAAGGCCCCCUGGAAGACACUGAAGAGGAAGCGACGCCACCCGUCGCCAGAAGCACAAGGCAGUCGAAUCGAUGGCGGCGAAGAAGUGGUUCAGCGCGUGCACGCGCGAAGUCCCGAUCCAGAGCCUGCACGGGCGGCGACGCUGGUGGAAGAGCCUGUCGUGCCAUCGCCGCCUAUCCCGCGCCUGCCUGACCUCAAUCUCGAUGGAGCCGGGCCAUCAGCAGCAGCAGCAGCAGGAGGAAGUCGAGUGGGAUUACCGCAUCCCGCAUCCAGACCCCCGUCCUCGCGAGACCUUUCCGCUUCCGCCAGCCACCCCGGAGUACUCCGAUCAUUGUUAUUAGCAGUUCCCUCGAGCCAGACGGUCCACCCGACGAAGUUGGACUUCAGGGUGGAACCCACCACCAUCAGACUUAAGGCCAUCACGGGGGUGCCACGUCCUAAUCCGGUGUGGGAGCCAUAUCUAACAUCCCCUUUUCAAGGGUGUAUCGCGGCGCGGAUGAUUGGGACCCUCAUCUACGAGACCGGGCAGCGUCCCAAUGCGAUGUAUCACUUUCUCAUCUUCACGGCGCUGAAGCGGGAGCGACGGCCCUACACCGAGACUCAUCUGGUCAUGACAGGUCCCGGACCUCGAUCGGUGCGCAAGCGGGUGAUGCGAGCGGUGGCGGAUCUAGCGCCACGUGUCCUGUCCCAUGUGCCGGGGGCCUUCCUCUAUCCUUUGUUCGUCCAGCACCACUUCCAUGAAGUGGAUGCGCCGACGACUCCCCCGGCGAUGGCCGCCUUUCUUCCGCCCAUCCCACCCCCUCUUAACCCCGAUAUCGAUCACUUCGUCUGAUCAUCCUCGUCUCCAGCUCUCCUCUUUUCCCCCUUCUCCUCCUUCUCUUCCUCUCUUUCGUCUUCUACUCUGAGGGGGGGAGAGUUCACGCGUCAGAAUCGUGCUAUGUUUAAAAAAAAAAAAAAAAAAGUGUCAGUUACUUACCGAUCGGGCCAGCUGACAAUGAAGAGGCCGCCCGAUC